AUGGCACAACAUCUAGCUCUACCUCUUUUCCUCCCAAUCCCACCGCCCAUAAAGCCGCUCUUUCUUAAUCAAAACCAUCACAAUCCUCAAUCCACAACGCCCUUAUCACCACAACAACAAACGACUUCACCACCUCCCUCUUUCACUCCUCUUCUUCAAGACUUCCUUCACCAACAAAACCCCUCGCACACUUCUUCACAACACUUUAACUCUCCAUCUUUCAUACCCAGAAACAGAACCCGAUUUGGGAAGUCACGUGACGUUAACCACGGGAAACCCUGGUCAAACCACCGCCUCUCCGAUAAAGGUCAGCGGGUUUUCCAAUGUUUAAUUGAUGAAUCUUUUGAUGUGAAAGAUAUUGAUAGUGUUUUGUUACAGUUAUUUGAGCCAUAUCGGGAAAACCCAGAUGUAAUGAUUGAUGGUUUGAGUUUUGAUAUGUUGGGUAUUUUUAAGGGUUUACGGUUUUACAAGAAAUGUGACUUGGCGUUGAGUGUGUUUGAGUGGCUUAGGAGUCGUAAAGAUUGUGAGUUGGUCUUGAAUGGUUCUGUUAUAUCUGUAAUUAUUAGCAUGUUAGGGAAAGAAGGUAAAGUUUCGGCUGCGGCUUCAUUGUUGAGUAGUUUGCAUAAAGAUGGGAUUGAUAUUCAUGUUUAUGCUUAUCAAGAAUUGAUAAGUGCUUAUGCUAGCAAUGGGAGGUAUAGGGAGGCUGUGAUGGUGUUCAAGAAGAUGGAGGAUGAGAGGUGUAAACCUACUUUGAUAACUUACAAUGUGAUUCUGAAUGUGUAUGGGAAAAUGGGUAUGCCCUGGAAUAAGAUUGUGACUCUCGUAGAGGGAAUGAAGAAUGCCGGAGUUGCCCCAAGUUCUUAUACUUAUAAUACGCUUAUAAGUUGUUGUCGGCGGGGUUCUUUGCAUGAAGAAGCAGCUUGGGUUUUUGAGGAAAUGAAAUUAGCGUGUUUUAGUCCAGAUAAGAUUACUUAUAAUGCCUUGUUGGAUGUUUAUGGGAAGUCUAGGCGGCCUAAAGAAGCCAUGGAGGUAUUAAGGGAGAUGGAGGUUAAUGGUUUUUCACCCAGUGUUGUGACUUACACUUCAUUGAUAUCAGCUUAUGCCAGAGUUGGUUUGAUGGAAGAGGCGAUGGAGCUUAAAAACCAGAUGGUGGAAAUAGGGAUUAAGCCUGACGUUUUUACUUACACCACCCUCUUAUCGGGGUUUGAGAAAGUCGGGAAGGAUGAGUCCGCAAUGAAGGUUUUUGAGGAGAUGAGAAAUGCAGGGUGCAAGCCGGACAUUUUUACUUUUAAUACUUUGAUUAAGAUGCAUGGAAAUAGGGGAAAGUUUGUGGAGAUGAUGAAGGUUUUUGAUGAGAUCAAGACAUGCAAUUGUAACCUGAACAUUGUUACUUGGAACACACUUCUGGCAGUAUUUGGGCGGAAUGGGAUGGACUCGGAAGUGUCAGGUGUGUUCAAGAAGAUGAAGAGGGCAGGGUUCAUUACUGAGAGUGACACUUUCAACACCCUAAUUAGUGCAUACAUUCGUUGUGGUUCUUUUGACCAAGCCAUGGCUGUUUAUAAGAGAAUGCUGCAAGUUGGGGUUACACCGGAUCUUUUCACCUACAAUACUGUUUUGGCAGCAUUGGCUCGGGUAGGGAUGUGGGAACAAUCUGAGAAAAUGAUUGGUGAAAUGAAGGAUGGUCGGUGUAAACCCAAUGAGCUAACAUACUGUUCUUUGCUUCGUGCUUAUGCCAAUGGCAAGGAGAUUGAGCGGAUGCUUACUCUUGCAGAAGAGAUAUUCUCUGGUCUGAUUGAACCUCAUGCUAUGCUCUUGAAGACCCUUGUUUUGGUUAAUAGUAAAAGUGACCUACUUAUAGAAACAGAGUGUGCCUUUUUAGAGUUGAAUAAAAAAGGAUUUUCCCCUGACAUAACCACUCUAAAUGCCAUGAUUUCGAUUUAUGGGAGGAGGCAGAUGGUUACCAAAACAAAUGAGAUCUUGAACUUCAUGAAUGAGAGUGGGUUAACUCCUAGCUUGGUAACCUACAAUAGCUUGAUGUAUAUGUACAGCCGUUCUGAAAAUUUUGAGAAGUCUGAAGAGAUGUUAAGGGAAAUUUUGGAAAAAGGAUUGAAACCUGAUAUAAUAUCAUAUAAUACUGUCAUUUAUGCCUAUUGUAGAAAUGGUCGGAUGAAAGAGGCUUUGCGGAUAUUUUUGGAAAUGAGAGAUUCUGGCCUUGUUCCAGAUGUAAUCACCUACACUAUCUUCGUUUCAAGUUAUGCAGCUGAUUCAUUGUUUGUGGAGGCUAUUGAUGUGGUUAGAUGCAUGAUCAAGCAAGGAUGUAAACCAGACCAGAGCACAUACAACACCAUUGUAGAUGGUUUUUGUAAACUCAAUCGUAGAGAUGAGGCAAUAAUGUUUGUUAACAAUCUUUCCAAGCUUGAUCCACACACAUCUAAGAGGGAAGAAUGCAGGUUAUCAGACCGUAUAGCAAAGAAAUGGUCAUAGAGGUAACUUUUUCCCAACUUCCUAUACCUCUACAAGCAUGUUGAUAUUCUCCUUCGGAGCGUCAUUAUCUCAAACAUUUCUGGUUUCUAAACACGCAAUAUUUAUUCUAUCAUAACAUGUUGUGUAUGCAAAAAGUAAUCCCAGAAAAGAAACACUCUCAUCGUGAGUGUUCGUCAUGUGGGCAUGCUCAAACUUUCUUUUGAAACAGAGAGACGUUCAUUCACAAUGGUAAGUUUGAUCAUCUUCUUUUUUUCUGACAUUUGAGAGGCACAUGUAUGAAAUAUGCCCUGAUAAAUAUGCUAUUGAAAUGAAAUGAACAUAAAUAAUUCCUUUUAACUUUCUUUUUGCUCUCCCUCUCUUUUGCUUUUGUGGCCUUUCAGUAGGAUUGACCCUAUUUGUAAUCACUCUUUAUAGCAUGUGUUGAAAUAUAAUGCUUUGAGCAUGCCAAUCUUGACUUGCAUUUCAAGAUACAACUUUCAAGUCUUUGGUUUGACAUUGACUUAACUGCCCAUGCAUAUCACUUAUUCAUAAGCAUGGAGAGGGACGAUCAUUGGGAUAAGAUAAUUGGUCUAAUUACAAGCCAAGGGAUUUGAGGGAGCCAUUUAUAAAAAAAAAACUAUGAGCUCCUUGAUUUGGAAUUCUGAGACUGUGUUGUUUGGAUAUCGUUAUUGAAUCAGUUCUUUAGGAAUAUCUAAAAGAUAAUAGUGCAUUAUUUUUGUAGUUAUUCUCGUUGUAGUUUGAGAUCGAGUGCAUGAUUUAAGUGAUUGAAUCAGUUCGUGAAGAAUAUGCAAAACAUUUCUUGUGAGUACUAAUAAUUUUUUUUCUCCUAAUCAAUAAUUGAUUUUCACAUCAAUGUAAAAUUAUCAAUUCAUAUCAUGGUAAUUUUGCUGUUAUAGUAUUGUAAAGCAAGGCAGUAGCUUUAAUUCCUUCUCUGCUGAUGCAAUUGUAAUGUUAUCACAAUGAACAAGUCUUUCUUUUUGUUAUAAUAAGAGCUAUCUAUGACUGAAAUUUGGGAAGUUAUCAACAUUUUCUUGUUUUAAUAGGAGUUGAGUUGUGCCUUCAUUCUCUCACAAAUAUUGUAUGCAAUUUGGUUUCAGGAUGCAAUAUUUCCAUUAACUGCAGCUGCAAUGGCUCUACCUUCUUUGUUGAUCUGUGAUAGAUUACAUGCAAUGCAGGUCUACAAUAGGCAAAGGAAGCAUAGUAGAGGAUCACAAGCUGGGCUGGCAAAACAGUACAGGACAGAUGGCAACAUGACAGAGGACAGUCAGCACAAGACAAAUGGCAAUAUAGGAGAGGAGCAGUACAACAUUAUGUUAUUGGAAUACUAGACAGAUGGCAAUAUGGGAGAGGAGCAGUACAACAUUUUGUUAUACUGGGCAUUACAAAAAGAGAGCAGAUCGUCAGGGAAAGGCAGAAGAGAGGACAAGAAAAUUUGGGAGGCAGCUGGCC